CCAAUGCGAAUUUGCAAAUGGAGGUGACGAGGGGUUUUUUCCUUUGGGGCAAAGAAUGAUGAUUAGCACCGGUUCAUUCCUCACAAUCAAAUUCCCAUCUUCUCUUCAAACAACUCCCAAAUAUCAUCCACGAUAUCUUCCCCAAUUUACAGUGUUAGCGUCCUCAACACCGCCGAUUUCCAUGGCAACUGCCGGCGCCGGGGAAUCCACUUCACGGACUACUACCACCAUCCAAUCCGCUGUUCCGAAUUCUUCUAUUACACUAUUGUUUGUUGAAAUGGGAGUUGGUUACGAUCAGCAUGGGCAAGAUGUCACGAAAGCAGCAAUGAAGGCUUGUAGGGACGCUAUCUCUUCCAAUUCAAUUCCUGCCUUCCGUAGAGGGUCCAUACCCGGUGUUUCAUUUGACCGAAUGAAAUUACAGAUAAAACUGGGAGUUCCUCAAUCUCUUCAAUCCAGCUUGGAUAUUGAGAAAGUCAAAUCUGUUUUCCCCUAUGGGAAAAUUGAGAAUGUUGAAGUAGUGGAUGGUGGAUUGAUAUGCUCAAGUGGUGUCCACGUUGAAGAAAUGGGAGACAAGGAUGAUAAUUGUUACAUAGUUAAUGCAGCUGUUUAUGUUGGUUAUUGAGCUCAGUUUUUUUUUUUUUUUCUUCUUAGUUUCUCCAAAAUAACUUGUUUUUAUAGAUUAUAAUUUUUUUUUUUCUUGUAGUAAAGAUGGUCUGUUUGUAAUAAAUAAACAAAUAUGGUGGUUAAAAAGUCAAUGGCUUAUUA